AUGUUGUUUUUCCAAGUCUAUGAUAUCCUCGCCUCCCUCGGGCUGCUGAACAAGCAUGCCAAGCUCCUCUUCCUUGGUCUGGACAAUGCGGGGAAAACUACACUGCUGCAUAUGCUGAAGAAUGACCGGGUCGCCAUUCUGCAACCAACGGCACAUCCAACAUCCGAAGAACUAGCCAUCGGCAACAACAGAUUCACAACAUUCGAUCUGGGUGGCCACAUGCAAGCCCGCCGUCUCUGGAAAGAUUAUUUCCCUGAAGUGAGCGGCAUCGUCUUUCUCAUCGACGCCAAGGAUCCCGAACGUUUCCCCGAGGCCAAAGCUGAACUUGACGCGCUCUUGGCUAUGGAGGAGCUCUCCAAAGUCCCAUUCCUCGUCCUUGGAAACAAGAUUGACCACCCAGACGCUGUGCCUGAAGAUGAGCUCCGGCACCAAAUGGGUCUUUACCAGACUACGGGCAAGGGCAAGGUACCCUUGGAGGGCAUCCGGCCAAUCGAAUUGUUCAUGUGUAGUGUGGUUAUGCGACAGGGCUAUGGUGAAGGUAUCAGAUGGAUGUCCCAAUAUGUCUAA